AUGAAGUCAACAUUAGUUGUGCUGUGUUGCAUUUUGCAGACCAUAGUCGGAAACCACAUUAGCUCCGAACAAAUUUUGUUCCCACCGCAACCGUCAUCAGACAGAAUUGUUGGAGGUGUCAAUGCUGAAGAUGGUGUAGCCCCGUUCCAAUGCUCGUUGCAAGUGAGAAAAAGACACAUCUGUGGAUGUGCCAUCAUUUCGGAAGAAUGGAUCGUCACCGCCGCCCAUUGUGUUUCUGGGAGAACAGCAGAAAAUCUGGAAGUCUACGUUGGAUCAAAUGACCUAAAGACAGGUGGAACUUCCUACAAAGCUGCGGAAAUCAAAUCUCACAAGCAAUACAACAAUCCUACUUAUGCUUAUGAUAUUGCCGUGAUUCGUGUGAAAGGAGCAAUUGAAUUGAACGAUAAAGUCCAAACAAUCGAAUACUCAUCCGAAGAAGUACCCGAUGGUGCCGUUCUUCAACUAACUGGUUGGGGUGCAUUGCGUGUCGGCGGUGGAACGCCACAACACUUACAAAUCAUUAAUUUGAAUACGGUUCAAACUGAAAGAUGCAGAGAAAUCCAUGGUUCGAGUGCACCCGUUCAUGACUCCCAUAUCUGUACAUUGAACAAAGUUGGUGAAGGUGCUUGCAAUGGUGACUCGGGUGGUCCACUUGUUUACAACAAUAAAUUGGUUGGAAUCGUCAACUGGGGAGUUCCAUGUGCCAGAGGCAAGCCAGAUGCCUUUGCAAAGGUAUCCUACCUAUUUGAUUGGAUUAAGGAUAAUACUGCAUCAAACUGA